GAGCCGCUGCAUUCUGGAUGAGCUGCAGAGGUCAGAUGGCACAUGCAGGUAGACCAGCCAGGAGGGAGUUGCAGUAAUCUAGGCGAGAGAUGACGAAAGCCUGUAGUAUCUUUAUUACAAUCAUCCAAUGUUGCUUACAAAUAACCAUAUAGGCAAUACAUAAAUUGCGGCAAUUGUGCAGAUUUAUUUAAUGUUAUAUACUGUUUCCUGCAGGGGUGGGGAUUGCAUCCGGAGUGAUAGUGCUCUAUCUGAACAUCUACUACAUCGUGGUGUUGGCCUGGGCUAUCUUCUACCUGUACAGCUCCUUCAAGAGCCCUUUGCCCUGGUCCACAUGUAACAACUGGUGGAACACUGAGAAUUGUCACGAUCACGAAAGCGGCUUUGCCAACCGCGAAUUGUUUCAAGCUGGCUCCAACUGGUCGUUCCUGUACAACAGCAGCACACCAGACUACUUUGGAUCAUGGACAAAUGCCAACAUCGAUAACAUGACUUUGGGAAUGUCACCGGAGGAGGAGUUCUGGAUGCACCGUGUGUUAAGGCUGUCAAAUGAUGGGUCCCUGGGAAAGCUAAACUGGGACCUGGCUUUUUGUCUCCUCCUUGCCUGGGUUAUGGUUUACUUUUGCAUCUUUCAGGGAAUCAAGAUCACAGGAAAGGUAGUGUACCUCACAGCUACUUUCCCCUACCUGAUGCUCUUGAUCCUCUUCUUCCGUGGAGUGACACUCCCAGGAGCGUGGGAGGGACUGGUAUAUUACCUCUACCCAGACUUCAGAAGGAUCAGUGAUCCAGAUGUGUGGCUGGAUGCAGGGACUCAGGUGUUCUUCUCCUACGCCGUGUGUCAGGGAGUCCUCACCUCUCUGGGGAGCUACAACAAAUACAACAACAACUGCUACAGGUCAGCGUCCACA